UAGUAUUUUUAAGAGUUGUGUUUUGGAGUUUCCGCAUGCAUGGCGCAAAAAUUUGGAAAGAAAUAAACACUUACUUCAGCUAUGAUACAUGUUACGUAGCUGAACGUUAUUUUUUAAGCGCCAAUCAGCUUUCUUUUCAACUGAUGCUUUAUCGCACGUUUGUUCACAAUCGUCAAAAUGCAUUCGAUUGUUUCUGUUUUAAAGAUUAUGAUUCGCUUGAAAUCCAGUUACCUCCCACUAAUUAUAAUUCGUCAGGUUAAGCGCACAGUGUUAUUUUCACAACUGUUUUGCUGAAUGGGGUGCAAAAAGCUAUGACUUUGCAGCUGAUAAAUUUUGAAAGAUGUACCGUAAAAUUCAAUCAGCUGUUUUGGGUACAUGGACAUUUUUUGCAUCUCCCCAUGCUAUUGAUGUUUGUGGAAUAAAUGGAUUACCCUUGACUCCUAAUUCUGUGCGUAUUUUGGGUCAAUUUCAGAAACUAAAAAUUCUAGAACAUGAACAACUGUGUUCUUACUUGGAUGUGCAACGUGGUAAACAUGAGAGAGUGAUGAUUGUUAGCGAACAUUAUCUGAGUGGGUUACAUGAAAUUAAAAUGAGGUUACUAAUGAAAGACAUAAAUGUAUUAGUUAGGACCAUCUUUGAAAUUGUGGAUGCUUUGUCAUAUCUGCACAGCCAAGGAAUAGUUCAUCGUUGUCUUUGCCCUAGUAGUAUUCGUUUUGAUAGUGAGGGUCAUGUAAAGCUUUCCAAUUAUGGUUUAUAUUAUAUGACUGAAGGUGGAUCUACUGUCUCUUUUCCUAUUGGAGUUCCUAAGUAUAUGGCACCAGAAGUUUUAGCACGGGGUCUGCAUGAUAUUUCCUCCUCCUCUAAAUGUGAUAUAUGGUCUCUCGGAAUUAUACUAUUAGAUUUAAUAAUGGAAGAACCAUUGUGGGUUGGAUUAGAGCUUGAAGAAAUAUUUAAAGAAGUAUUUUCACUUGUUAAAUUAGAAAACGGUUCUGAUGUUUUGUCUUCCCUUCUUGAAAAGAAUAAUGCUGUUACAAAAUUUGAAGCUCUUCCUAACAACUUGCAGUUAUUCAUUUCUGAAUGCUUAAAUGUUUUGCCACAUAACAGGCCAGAUCCUCAGUAUUUGCUUCUGCAUCCUGUGUUUGUUGAAUAUGGAAUGAAUUUAUUGCCAAGAAGUCAUUGUGAUCGUUUGUUCUUGUCCACGCAGCUAAAAUGCAAUAAACCUAUGAGAAUUGAUCAAAAUUCUUUGAUUGAUGAUCAUCUUGCUGAGAGACCACUUCAAGAAGUGUAUUACUUAUGGCAGUUAGCUGGAGGUGAUCUGGAAGCUGAGCUACGAAGACAAGAACUUAUUCGAGCUAAGCCCCCUAUUGUUACCAUUUCAAAAAUAGUAGCUGGUGAAGGAGAAGAAUUUGGUCAUGAGAAAGACUGUGCUUAUUUAUUAGAUGAUUCAGUUCUAGUUCUUCCACUUGAACCUUUAAAGCAUAGACUCAGAGAUGUUGAUCCUGAUAUUUAUUACCCUUUAAUCGAAUAUUCGUUAAAUGGAAUUACUCCUAGCCAUUGCCUUUCGACUUUAAAUGAGACAGCCAAAUUACCACUUGUAAUUAAAGAGAAAGAUGUUGAGUAUCAGCUUCAUCGUAUUAUUCUUUUUAAACGUCUGCUUGAAGCUUAUCCAUACAAAAGGAGUCAGAUUUUACAUGAAGCUAAAGUGGAUAUUCCACCAUUAUACAGACCUUUGAUUUGGGCUGCUCUUCUAGAAAUUGAGGGUAAUAUACAAGAAACAUAUGAUAGCAUAGAUAAAGAAACUCCUACACCAACUGACAGGCAGAUAGAAGUUGAUAUUCCUCGUUGCCAUCAAUAUGAUGAAUUACUUUCUUCACCCGCUGGACACCUUAAAUUUAAAAGAAUUCUGAAAGCUUGGAUUGUUAGUCAUCCACAGUAUGUGUAUUGGCAGGGUUUAGAUUCUUUGUGUGCACCAUUUUUAUCUCUCAAUUUCAAUGAUGAAGCUCUUGCAUAUGCAUGCUUGUCAUCCUUCAUUCCUAAAUACCUGUAUAAUUUUUUCUUGAAAGAUAAUUCAGCUGUUAUUCAAGAAUAUCUUGCCAAAUUUUCACAUUUAAUUGCAUAUCAUGAUCCUGAAUUGACUAAUCAUUUGGAUAACAUAGGGUUCAUUCCAGAACUGUAUGCUAUUCCUUGGUUUCUGACUAUGUAUACUCAUGUGUUUCCUCUACAUAAAAUAUUUCAUCUUUGGGAUACAUUGUUGCUGGGGCAUUCUUCUUUCCCUCUCUGCAUAGGAGUAUCUAUUUUAAAACAGCUGAGAAAUAAUUUACUGUCAUAUGGCUUCAAUGAAUGUAUUUUGAUGUUUUCAGAUAUGCCAGAAAUUGAUAUACAACGUUGUGUACAAGAUUCCAUAAAAAUCUUUUGCAGUACUCCUAAAAGUAUUACAUACAGAGUUCAUGAAAAUCCUAGUUGUAAUUCCAAACUUCCUUUUGACACAAAUUUGAAAUUGACCAAAGAAGAAACUGUUGGAGAUCCUGAUCUUAUGAUGUCACCUGUGCCUCUUAGUGAGCUAAAGUCUGAAAUGUGCCCCAGAAUAUCAGCUGAAGAUCUUCUGGAUUUUCUUGAUCUUUUACCCGAGUCUAAGAAAAGGACAAAACCACAAAACAUAAAAUUGCUUGUAGUUGAUAUUCGCUCACCUGAAGAAUUCUGCAAAGGCUCUCUUCUGAAGAGCAUUAACAUUCCUUUCAAUACUGCAUUUGCACCAGAUGGUACUAUAGACAACACAGUGCUCACCAGUUUUAAAGGCAAAAUGAUAACAGUUAUUGGCAGCAAUAAAGAUAAAUUGGUACCAGAUUUUGCUACAAAACUUGUCAAGUGUGGAUAUAGUCAAGUUUGUACCUUACAUGGUGGUGUUGAAGUUCUUAGGAAGACGGGAAUGCUGAUUGCUAAAACAUCUGAAAGCUGAAAAUUUCAUUCCAAGUUAUUACAGAAUCGUUAAUUCUUAUUUAUAGAAAAUGGAACAAAAUAUAUUAACAAAAAAGAUAUAUUACCUUAUUUACUUAUAUGUGUAUAUAUAUAAAUUUCUUCUAUAUAUAUAUAACUGAGACUAUAACUCAUGGCUUGUAAAUGUUGCAUUGUAUAAUUCUUAUUCCAUUUGUGAUAAACUAAGUAAAGUUUUUAUUGUAUACAAAUUUUAUUUCAUUUUUAUUCUGUGAAAUUUACUAAGUUCAUAAUAUUUAGUUUAGAUGUUUGAUUCAUGAAUGAAAUGCUGUCUAAGAUGUAUAUUUUCCUACUUUCUCUCUUCUUACCUGAUUUCAGAAUUGCCAAGCAUAAGCAAUUUCUUAAUAUGUGAUACUUGACAUAUGCAAUCUAUGAAGUUUGCCUGUGAAUAUAAAUAUUUUUAUUUACCAAUAAACUCUAUCAACAGAAUGUUACAAGCUGAAUAAUCUGAAUGAUAAAAACUGUUUUUCACUUAUAUAUAUGGCUGGAAAAGUAACACAUGUGUUAAACAAAAUAUUUCCUGAAUAUCUUGAUUCCAGAAUAUUAAAGUAUUAUUCUUGCUUUAUAUUUGAUUUACAUUUUGAUUUAAAAUACUCUGCCUUAAAAAAAAUUUUCAUAUUGGAGUAUACAGCCUAGUUCUGCCUAUGCAUAUAAAGAAUUCACAUGAUAUUUUUUCAAUUUCCAUGUCUAAUUCCUCUUGGAUUUGAACAUUAUGUUCAUCAAUAAAAUAUGUUUCUAACACCAUGUAUUGUGUACCUUUGCAACAUGUAGAGUUUUGUAAAUUAAAACUGAUUAAAAAAUAUAAAAUAAAUAAUUUUAGAUCAA